GCCACAUCUGACUCCCACACUGCCACGGGAGGUCACACGGGCUCCGAGAGGGGGGAGGAGGGUGGGAAGGAGGAGAGGAGCCUGGAGGGAGAGGGGGGAGGUGACGAAGGAGAAGAUGAAGAGUAUGAGCAUGGAGCUGGAGAGGGAGAGGAGCGUGAACAGGAGUAUGAGCGAACAGCUGUUGCAGGCCCAGCAGCGGAGUCGAUCAGCCUCACCUGCCAGGAUCGACUCCCUGGUCCAGUCGCAGGCGAGGGAACUGUCCCAGCUGCGUCGUCAGAUCCAGGAGAGCCGGGGCCUGGGGGCACUUCAUCGGAUGCAGCUGGAGGAGCUGUCGCAGGCCUUCGAGGAGCUGCUACAGGCCAGCGACGUGGACUACUACGUGGGAGAGGUGUUCCGAGAGCAGCUGGACAAGAGCCUGGGCGUCCUGGAGAGGCUAGAGGGCCGGCUGGAGAAAGGAGACGCUCAACUGGAUAACGAGGACGGGGCAGCACUGGAGCUGGCGCAAAGGCUGUCUAAAGAGUUACAGGAGAAGACCCGUCUGGUCCAGAGUCUACAGAUUCAGCUGCGAGGCCAAACUCCUAGCAGCCACCACAGCUCAGACUCAGACCUGUCGGACAGGGUCUCUAACCAGGCCACAGCCUCCUACCACAACAGCCCCACCCUGCCAGCCUGUAGCAAACUCCAUGGCAACCAGGCCUAUCAUGGAAUGAAAGAAUCCAACGGGAGCUCAACGUCGGCUCCAGAGUCUGCAGCCCAGCAGGAUGGGGGUGUGUCUGGCCCUGGGGUAGUUUCUGGACAUAAAUGGAGAGCCAGGCAGCUCCAGGGCCUGCAGAGGGAGAAUGGGCGCCUGGUGGAGCAGCUGAGGAGCAGCGAGGAGCUUAACGCCACGCUGCGCUGCGAGCUGGACCUCCACCGCUCUAUCCUGGUCCAGGGGAUCUCCACACCACUACACACCCAGGGAGAGGGGCUGGGGCAGAGCCAGGGACAGGCUGGGGGGUCACCACAGAACAGGGAGGACCAGAGGGGAGAGGGACACCCAGCUUCACAGCAGGACACUGCCCAGCUAUGCAGCAUGAACCCAGACCUGUUAGCAGAACACCUGUUGGAGAUCAGAGCCCUGAGACAGCGUCUGGAGGAGACCAUCUACAACAAUGACCGGCUCAGAGAACAGCUGGAGAGAAGACUGGGUGAGGUGGAGAGAGACCCAGCAACCAGCAUCUUCAUCCACGGUACGGAGGAGCAGGGCCAGCUGACCAGUGAGCUGCGGUUCCUCUGGGGACAGAACCAGGCCCUGAAGGAGCAGCUCAACCUGGGCUCCAGAGACAAGCAGAAGGAGAACGAGAAGCUGCGUGAGGCUCUGGCCAGACGGACGGCCAAGCUGGAGCAGAGCAGGAAGGAGUGUGAGAUCCUGAGACAGGAACACACACGUCUUCAGGACCGCCUGGACAGGAGCAUCCUGGAACACACACACCUCCAGGACACACUGCACUACAGCCGCCAGGAGAUCCACAGGUUGCAGUGUGAGGUGAAGAUGCAGAGACAGCAGCUGUCAGACAGUCAACACCUCCUCCAGUCUCUACGUGUGGAGCUGCAGGUCUACGAACAGAUCAAAACUGGGACACACAAGCACACAGAGUCCAGUGGUACAGCCCAACAGUCUGGUUCAGGGUCUGGGACGAACCAAGUGGACCUGGGGGAGCUGCUGUCAGAGAUCCGCCACCUGAGGCUGCAGCUGGAGAGGAGCAUCCAGACCAACACGUCCCUGAGGCAGAAACUGGAGGAACAGCUGCUCAGAGGUCCCAACCGCCCAGAUACCAUCAAUAUCAACUAUCUACUGGCUACUUCAGAGGUUACAGGCAGGUCUCCUGGUUGUGAAGGCUGUGAUCCUCCCCGCCACUCCUCCUCUCACGAUCUGAAGCGUCAAGCCCAGUCGGAGAUGGACGCUGUGUCACAGUGUAGUAACAGUUCUGGGGACAGUAUCUCUGGCUCGGCUCUCCCUCCAUCCCGCUUGGUGCCCGGCCAUCGCCUGUGGGCCAACCGCCAAGGGCGCCACAUCCUGGGUCUUAUCGAGGACCACAAUGCCCUGCGGAAGCAGAUCUCAGAGGGAAGGCGGCUCACCCGCACCAUGGACACACACCUGCAGGAGUGUGUCUGCACACUCAGCCAGCAGGGGACUGACAACAGGGUGGUGGAGCAGGGUCACCUGAAGGCUCUGUCCAGCAGUGUGAACACUAUGCAGCAGGUCCUGGAGGAGGCUGGCCAGCUGCUCAAACUGGUCUGGAGGGUAUCCCUGCCCUCUGGCACUGUGACCGCAACCAGCAACCAGCAGGAUGAGCUGUUGAAGAAUGAGAUAGCUAGUCUGAAGAGCCGUCUGUCCCAGCAGGAGCGGAUGCUGAGCGGUGCAGUCAAACGGCUGCGGACCACCAACCAGCUCAAAGAGGGCAUGGAGAGGGUCAUUAUUGACCAGCUGUCUUUAACCCAUGGAGUGCUGAAGAAGGCCAGAGGGAAUCUAGAGGAGGUCCCGGUCAAUGGUCAGUGACCAUCGGUCCUUCAGGAUCCUCCAAGGGAGUGAGUGUCCUCAGCCCUGCCAGCAGAUACUGUUCCUCUCCUCUGGGGAUUCAGUGUGACUCCUCAUCCCACUGCAGCUACUAGAGCUGCCGAUCCAAUAGUCUACGGUGCCUUCCUCUCGUCACCUUUCCUUUGUCUGCACUGAUAUGUUAUACAGUUUAUCAAAAGCAUUACUGGUUUUCCCCUAAUCUGUUCAAAUUAAGGAAAAGGGACAGGUAGGCACUUUACAUCUCACUAUUGAGAUGUGAACCUGCUCUAAUACUGUCUGCUUGUUGAGUAACCUUACCCUGAGCUAUGCAAAUAGGACUGUACUUGCACACUUGCCUAUGUUCGGUACAAAAGUUGUAACAUUCUAUCCCUCUUGUAAAUGUAAUUUCUUAAGAUUGUAAUAUCCUUUUUAUACAAUGUCUUUCCCUGUCAAUAGUAUAUUGUCCUGGGCUUCAGAGUGUAAUGUCCUCAACAUUAACUAUACAUGAAGACACAAUCAAAAUGUCAUGUUCUACUAGGUAUUUUAUUAGCAAACAUGUUUUAAUGUAGCAGUACGUGAUGCACAAAUGAAAAGUCAAAUCCAAGCAACAUUUUUAAAAGGAGAAAACAUCCCUCAAUCCAAGCGUUAGAAAAGUCUAAAUGAUAUAGAAAACAAAGUAACUAGGCAGCUCAUUACAAAUGUAUAAAUUGAUUAAAUGUGGCGUCACAAUUUGA